AUGCAGACCAGCAAUGUGACAGAAUUCAUUUUUCUAGGACUGUCUCCCAAACAAGAAGUUCAGAGAGUUUGUUUUGUGGUGUUUCUGUUCAUGUAUGUGGCUACAGUGCUGGGGAAUUCACUCAUAGUGUUAACCAUCAAAGCCAGCAAAAGCCUUGGCUCCCCUAUGUAUUUCUUCCUCAGUCAUCUCUCCUUUGUGGAGAUCUGUUAUUCCUCCACCACAUCCCCCAAGUUCAUUGUGGAUUUACUUACUGAAAGGAAAACCAUCUCCCUAGAGGGCUGUAUCACACAGCUAUUCUUUAUUCAUUUCUUUGGUGGUACUGAGAUCUUCUUACUCACAGUGAUGGCCUAUGACAGGUGUGUGGCCAUAUGUAAACCUCUACACUAUAUGACAAUCAUGAAUCAGCAGAUGCGUGGCCUCUUGCUGGGGGGAGCCUGGGUGGGUGGCUUCCUCCACUCAAUUGCCCAAAUUCUCCUCAUGUUCCGUUUACCCUUCUGUGGUCCCAAUGCGAUUGAUCAUUAUUUCUGUGACCUGCUCCCUCUGCUGGAACUUGCCUGCGCUGACACUUACUUCAUAGGCCAGCUCAUUGUGGUUAAUGGUGGAAGCCUUUCACUGAUCAGUUUUGGGGUUCUCCUUACCUCUUAUGUUGUCAUCUUGGUACACUUGAGAGGUUACAGCAAGGAGGGAUGCCAAAAGGCCCUCUCCACCUGUGCCUCACACAUUACUGUGGUUGUCUUAUUCUUUGUGCCCUGUGUCUUCAUCUAUGUGAGGCCUUCUACCACAUUUACUGUUGACAAAAUGGUGGCUAUAUUCUACACAGUGAUCACUCCACUCCUGAACCCAGUUAUCUACUCCUUGAGAAAUGCUGAAGUGAAGAUUGCCAUGAGGAAGCUGUGGGUAGGACAUUGA